GUCGUGUUAGUGAAUCGUUGACUGUUGAAGGAAGAGGGAGUGUGUAUCCCUCUCUGUAAAGGCUUUGUUUAGUGGUGCUGGAACUUGAACUAUAAACCGUCAUCAUGUAUGACGUUUUCGGAAGCAUCCGGGGUCUAUUGAAAAUAGACUCCGUGAGCAUCGACAACAAUAUUUUCAGACUACAUUACAAAGCUACCAUGUUUAUUUUGGUGGCGUUCAGUUUACUGGUGACACAGAAGCAAUAUUUCGGUGAUCCCAUCGACUGCAUCGUGGAAGGCGUCGAUGCGGGCAUCAUGGAUACCUACUGCUGGAUCCACUCCACUUUCACGAUUCCUGCCCUCACGGGCGCCGUUGUGGGGCAAGAAGUGCCCCAUCCUGGUGUGGCAAAUCCCGAACAACACGGGUCGGAUGAUCAGCAUGAGACGAAGCAUCACAAGUACUACCAGUGGGUUACCCUGUUCCUCUAUUUGCAGGCCAUCAUGUUCUACGUCCCACGGUAUUUGUGGAAGAUCUGGGAAGGUGGCAAGGUGAAGAAUUUGGUCAUGGAGCUCAACUCUCCCAUUGUGGAGGAUGACGCUAAGAGAGAACGCAAGACCAUGCUGGUCAACUAUUUCAGCCAGAACCUCCACAACCACAACUUCUACGCCUUCAGGUUCUUCGUCUGCGAAGUUCUCAACUUCGCCAACGUCAUCGGCCAGAUCUAUUUCACGGACAGGUUCUUGGGUUAUGAAUUCACCACCUACGGCACCCGUGUCAUCCAGUUCAGCGAGCAGGAACUCGGCUCAAGACACGAUCCCAUGGAUGAGGUCUUCCCCAAGGUUGCCAAAUGCACCUUCCACAAAUAUGGUGCCUCCGGUUCCAUCGAGAGGCAUGACGGUCUAUGCGUGUUGCCCCUCAACAUCUUCAAUGAGAAGAUUUACAUCUUCCUCUGGUUCUGGUUCAUUAUCGUGGCCGUCGUGUCCGGCGUCGGAUUGUUGUACCGAUUGGCAACCUUCACUCCCGCCUUCCGCCAAAUUCUCUUGAGGACGCGUUCCCGCCUCGCUUCUCCUGAGAACGUCGAAGCCAUUUCCCGCAAGUGUCAGAUCGGUGACUGGUUUGUUCUUUAUCAGCUUGCUAAGAACAUGGAUCCUCUGAUCUACAAGGAGUUCAUCACUGAUCUGGCUAACAAACUGCAGGGCAAAGGUCCCUUGUAAAUGAUGGAGUUCCUCUUGUUUUGUUAACGUACAAUGCAAGUAGACAGCUAAGUGCUAAGAAAAGACCCACCAGCUAUGUGCAUAUAUCAGCAGAAUACUCCUGGAGAGAUAUGGCUGUAAAGGCAAUAAUUUUUUUGUUUUUGUUUUAAUGGGUUCAUUCCGGCAUGCUAGACAUAGCUAUAUUAAAGGCUGCUUUUUUGGGGAGAGAUAAAGAGGUAAUGUGGUCUUUUUAAAUGCAAGUAUUGGACGUUUUUUGUAACGGGAAUCACUUUGCUAAUGUAUUUAUUUAGUAUUGUUGAUGUGACGACAUUUUUGUUAGUGUGCCAAUGAAAUUCGUGACAUUGUGAUUUGUUGGACAUCAGUAUUUUCAGUUUUUAAAAAAUGAAAUGGAUGAAGGAUGAAAUUAGAUAUUUGUUGACAUCAGUAUUUUCAGUUUUUAAAAGGAAAUUAUGAAAUUAUAGAAGUUAUUUGACAUUAGUAUUUACUGAUUUUUAAAAGGGAAUUGUGAUGAUAUAAAAUGGGGAUAUUUGUAUGACAUUUUUUGUAUGAUAAUGUUACCUAUGCUUUGCAUUAUUUAUUAUAUAUAACGUGUUUUCAGUAACUUUGUCACAAUGAUGAGCUCAACUUCAUGUAAGCAAGUGUGUGUAAUUUACGACAAGUGAAAAAGUUUGAAAUGUUAAUGGUAAACAUUGUGAACAAAAAAAGAUUUGUACAGUUCGUUUUCAACUGGGUUGGCCAACAACCUUUGCAUUUGCCAUUUCAUGUUCAAGUUCUGUUUGGCAAACUUUGUAUUAAAGAUGCUUCCAGCUUGUGAUUAGAGAAUCUGACCUACUUUCACCCUAAAUGAAGAAUUUCACCAGCAUUGUUCGCUGGAAUAUAAGGGUAAAAGUGUUUCGUAUGACCUGGGUAUACAGGCAAUUUUGAUUUUGGCUCAUUCAGUUGGGCAGUACCCAUGACGGAUGAUUUUGUCCCAUUGCGAAUGUAAGUUCAAGGCCAAUCCUGUGUUUUCGGUACUCUUCUCAGAGUUCCUGUUGUGACAAUGGAGCGUGAUUUUGUAUUUUACCCUAAAACGCUGGUUUAAGGGACCAAUUAUCAUUACGUACUGUAGAAAAGUCUAUUUUUAAGGAUUCACUUAUUUUUGCUACUUACAGUGCUAAGAUAUAGUUGUGAUAAGGCUGGUAAAAUGACUAGACUGUGUGGAGGCUAGUCUUAUUUUCUGUGACACUUUUUUCAUUUUUUUUUUCCUCUUAAAAAAGUCUUUGUUGGAUGCAUGUAAUUUAUAUUUUUAGUAUAAAUUUAUUAAACUACAAACAGGACACACUCAACAGAAUGUACAGCUAGUCGCAACGACUUGUAGUAGAAUGUUUGUUACAACAGAAGUACAGAUAAUCCUGGAGUUAUGUAUCAUAUGAGAAUAAUAAAAAAAAAUUACAUUGC